UUMCUAUCAAAAUUCAAGAAAAUUAAAUUGCUACGAGUCUGGGUUUCACAAGAAAUUAUCGAGUCUUUUCAACAGCAUUGGUUCAUUACAUUCAUUCAAACUUCGGUGAAGAAUUAAGGGAAAUCUCCAUAAAGUUUCUUCUGUUUCUUCUCGUUUUUCCAUCUUUCUUUUAUCGAGACUAAAGGAUCUUAGUUUAUAUUCGUAAAGAAUGGAUCAGUCUUCAUCUAACAACGCUACUUCCUCCACUAGUUCAACGCCUAGUAACUUUUCUACGUACGUGGGGAAUUUAAGAUGCGACAUUCCUGUCGAGGAACUAAAGAACAAACUUCAUAGUUUAUUUGAAACCGUUGGUGUUUCAGUUCUUGUGGCAGAUACCCAAGUCUAUCGAAAGUCUUGGAAGGAACCUUCGUUUGGCUUCGUGGUUCUUCGAGAUAAAAGCAGUUUUGAUCUUGCUGCGGAGAAACUUAAUGGGACUAAAAAUGACGAGAUAGUUUUUACUGGUAAAGAGCUUAUCAUAUCUCCCAGACGCAAACGAAAGCCUCAGCUUUCUAAGCUUCAGACAACUACAAAACCAGUGCUAACAUCUGUGAGAAAUAACUCCAAAAAAGGCAAGCACAAAACUGCUAAUAAUCACAGAGGUAAAAAUUCUAGGUCUCAUGGUGUUGCCAUGGAGACAAGCACCAUUUCAAAUGGAGACACAGAUAGUUCAUUACUAAAUGCCAGAAGUUCUCCAAAGAAUACAGACCCCAGUUCUAGCAUUUUGAAUAGUCUCGUACCACAAGGGAAGUAUUUCUGUGUGGGUCAGAAGCUCGGCACAGAGGACAGACUGACUGAAUACAAGCAGGGUGGAGGGAAGUACUUGGACUAUCAUUUCAAACUUGAUGUAGGGAAAUACAUAUGUGCUUUUUUAAACAGUGAAGGUGGAACUUUGCUUAUCGGUGUUAAGGAUGACUGCACUGUCUGUGGAACUGAAAUCUCAAACCGCAAAAGAGAAGAUCAACUCAGACUUCAAAUAGACAAAAUAAUGAAAGGUUUCAACCCUAAUGUAUUUCCAAAUUUAUAUUCUGUCAAGUUUAUUCCAGUAUACCCAAUAAGUAUGAUAACAUCUGGAAGCUGCAGUUCCUCUCAACCAGGGGACGAAAAUUCAACACAGUUGCCUGACACUUCAUCAAACAAACUACUCAGUCUUAGUUCACCCCUUGUACCUAGAAGGUUACCUCCAUUAAACCUAACAUCCCAAGAUGAUAAUGCUUCUGGUUUAUCAACUAAACAAAGUAACACUGAUUCCUUGUCAACAAGUAAACUCACUCCAGUGAAAAGCUCAGGUGAAGGUACAUCUGUGGAUGGUGCAUUAAAUGAAAACAUACUCAAAGUCGUUGAGAUUUCUGUCCAGUCUCCACCAAGACCAAGUGGUGGCCAACGCACUCUUUACCAGAACCACAAGCGAGAGGUGUACAUAAGGCUGGACGGCAGUGUGCGAGGACCUCUUGAAGCUAGUGAAAUAGUCGAGUGGGGUCGAUGCAAUAUGGCUGAGAGCCUCCACAUGGAACAUGACUACCUUAAACAACAAGUACACAGGAAACAAGAAGAAAUCACAAUGAACUUAAAGCUGGUAGAUGACGUAGUCAAGCAGAAGCAAUUCCUUGAGGAUCAGUACAAAGAAGAACAGAAUACCCUGGUCUCGGAAAUAGAUAAAUUACGAACCAGGGAAAAGGAGAUAGAGGGUGAAUUAGAACAGGUUAGGAAGACAAAAUCAAAAGUAUGUGUAAUUAUGUGAUUUAUAAUAAGAUUUUUACCUUAACACUUUUCCAGUUCAUAAUGUACCCGUUCAUCCAUAUCACGUUAGUCUUUCAUAACCAACACCCAUUUUCCACCCAUUAACCUAUUUACCAGCCACAGUUUCUACAGUCCUUUGACUAAACAUUGUCGUUGAUCAGAUCAUCCCUACAUGCCUAGACCGAAAAGGAUAAUGGGUAAAUUACCCAGAACUUGCAUCAUCCAAACUGCUCGCCAGUUUAAAUCUUCGCCGUAUACUCGAGGCAUGGUUUUAGCAAAUUAAAUGGGAUUGAAAACAGAGAGCUCAAGACAUGUUAGAUAGCAUAUGCGGCAGCUAGUAACUGUGAAUUAAUUAUUCUCAUGACAACAUUUAGUCAAAGGACUGUAUAUGAAAAAGAUAAAAAUCUCCUAGAGGUUUUUCUUUAUGUCAUACACUCAAACAUAAAAUUGUGAAAUGGAUUGUUUCUGAUAUGCGUGACGUCAUCACUCCUAGAGGAGAGCUUUAGCUAAUGGGGUUAAUGUAUUGAACAAAUAUAUUUAAAGAAAAAAUUUUAAGUACCAUUCCUACUUAAAUAUUUAUAAUGUCAUAGUUCAUUAAAAGUUAAAAACAAGUGUCAUUUGGUUGGUUUGGCCCAAAAAUAAGCUAAAUUUUAGCUGAGAUAAAUUUGAACAAAGGUAAGGCGUGAGUCUCAAUAUGAUUAGUAGCUUGGCCUUUUCACCAUUUUCAAAAAAAAAUGCUUAACUUUUUAUAGUUAUUUCUUUCAUUUUUUAUGUUUACUGGCUCAUUUUACCCCCUAGCUUAGUUUGCUUAGUUUGUUUAGUUAUUUAAAAUGUUUAUUCUUUGUGUUUUUCCUAAGGUUUAUCUCUGCUCUUCCACUAUUGUUGAUGAAUUUUAAAUACUGUAUUUAAUAUAUAUUUUUUAAUCCAUUUAUUCUAUUCUACUGUUAGAGCAUUGAGAUUUCAUGUAUACAGCUGUAAUUUGGCUUAAAUUUAUAUCAAAACAAAUGCACUUAUUUUUAUGAAAUAUGAUGUUAUAAAUUACAUAGGAGUGAUGAUGUCAUCACACAUCAGAAGACAAUCAAUUUCACAAAUCGGUUUUACCAUAGUUAAGAAAAACCUCUUAAAGAUGUUAACGAUAUCCAUAGCAACCGCAGCUGGUAAAUACAGCUGCAGCCAAGAACCCUCCUAAGUUUGUGUUUAAAAAGGUGGAACUUAGAAUC